GCCGCAGUGUCCUGCUUCGCUUUCGCCCCUCUCUGGCCUCGCCUCUUUCGACUCCCUAUUCACUUGUUCGUCUAUCUAUCAGGAUCCUCAUUUCAAACGCAAUUAUUGGUUGAGAAGAGGCCAACGUCGCGCAGCGAAGAUGAAGGGAAUCUCGAAGGCAUUCGCGCGGACCCCACAUAUGCUGACCACAAAGGUUGGCAUGUCAAAGAAGUCCCUCGACCCUGAGUUUGAAGACUACGCCCGCCGCUUCGCCUCAAUAGAGACUGCGACCGAGAAGUUAUUGAAGGAUACAAAGGCAUACAUCGACGCCGUCAACAAUCUGUUCACCCAUGGUGUUGGCUUCGCUCAUCACUUCGCGGAGGUCUUCCAUCCAAAUCCCGGCGAGUAUAAUCUAUCUUCCAAGCAUCCCGAGGCCGCGCACACUAUCGCGAACGUCGACGCGUAUGAACUCGCGAUGGAGGAGCUCAAAUCUUCUAUCGCGCCGGAGCUGGAGCUUAUCGAGAGCAGGAUUAUCGGACCUGUGAAGGAGCUGCAGGGUGUGCUCAAGACGAUCAGGAAGACGAUCACCAAGCGAGAGCACAAGCUCGUAGACUACGACCGGUACAACAACUCCUUGACCAAGUUGCGUGACAAGAAGGAGAAGUCACUGAAUGACGAGAAGAAUCUCUUCAAGCUCGAGCAAGACUUCGAGGUCGCAUCCAACGAGUACGAUUAUAUCAACACCACGCUGAAGCAAGAGAUGCCUCGCUUCCUGAUGCAAUGCACUCAAUUCGUCGAUCCUCUUUUCCAUUCAUUCUUCUACAUGCAACUCAACAUCUUCUACAUGAUGCUUGAGAAACUGAGUGGAUUCGCUGAAGGCAAAUAUGACGUUUCCAUCAGCGGAAAUGACAUUGCGACAGACUACGAAGCCAAGCGUACUGACGCAUGGCAAACGAUCGAAGAAAUGAACAUCACGCAACGAUUCCUUUCUACGACGAAGAUGGUACACGCACAUCGAGCCGCGUCAGGCCAGGGUCCUCCCUCCUAUCUCGGACGCUCUACUUCUGCCACGUCCUCCGUUACUUCCACCUUCUCCAAGAAAGCUCCUCCGCCGCCUCCAGGCUCAAACUUUUCCGCACCGCCGCCUCCGUACUCGCCAGGUCCGUCCGCAGCAAUCCCCGGCAUCGCCAAGAAAGCGCCGCCACCCCCACCGCCCGUCAAGCCCAAGCCCAAGCCUGCCGUGUCGUAUGUCGAGGCGCUGUUCGACUUCACACCCCAGGCCGAGGGUGAUCUUGAGUUCCGCGCCGGGGACAGGAUAGAAGUAGUCCAGCGGACGGACAGUGCAGAAGACUGGUGGACGGGUCGUAUUGGGGACCGGCAAGGCGUGUUCCCUGGGAAUUACGUCCAGUGAUAAGCAAUUGCGCAAGGUAACCUUGGAUAUAUCAUAUAACGACCAGGUCGAGAAGCUUGUAGUGCGUGUAGGUGUUAGCCGGGACAGGGUAAUGCGAUUUGCGAAUGAAUUGGGCAGGCAGUCAGAGUGCG